AUGCAUACACACGUAUCCAAAUCACCACUGGCGCGGCUGUUCCUCGUCAUUGCUUGCACCUUGACCAUCGUCAACGCGCAGAACCCCUUCAGCAGCCAGACGGACAUCAAUGGCCACAUCAUUCCAAACUACUCGCCCGUCAGACCUCCGGCUGUUCCUCUGGCCGUUAGAAGCCCAUACACCAGUGUUUGGUCUUCCACGAACAAUACAGCAACCCUCAACAGUCAGACUCCGAGAUUCUGGACCGGCGCUAGGGUCGGAUGGGAGGGGAUUGUUGUGGUUGAUGGCAUAGCGUACGAAUAUAUGGGUAACGCCAUUAACGAUUUGCCUGCGCUUGAAGACUUCAAGUCCGCUGUACCACAAGAUGUCACCUUCGACUCCCAGUAUUCAAACUUCACAUUCCUCGCUGGACCGGUCACCGUACUCGCUAGCUUCUUCUCACCAGUGACCCCAAAAGACAAUUGUCGAAGCGCGGUCCCCCUCAGUUAUCUGACGACGAGUGUCCAAUCCAACGAUGACCAGCCACACGGCAUACAUUUCUAUUCUGACGUGGACACCGCCUGGACAGGAUUUGGCGAUAUUGCUGAUGUCGACUCGGGUCUGAGAAAUGGCGCAAUGCUGGUUGAUGGAACAGGCGAUGCUACUAACUUUCCUGAUCUCGUCACCUGGCAAUUGCAGCGCAAAAUCCACUACAACUUUGGAGAGUUGGAGGACUUUCCAAAAUGGGGCAAUUUCACCUACAACACCAGUCCUCAUGGCGCAGAUAAGUUCUCCUUCCAAAGCGGGUUCACGACAACGGUACGGUCAGCCUUCGUCAACAACCACACCCUCAACGACAACGUCGAAUCCGGGUUCGAAGGCUUUAGCAGCCAAACUCCGGUGUUUGCCUUUGCACAUGACCUUGGCGUCGUCAAGCAGGCUUCGGUGAGAUACACUGUCGGCUCGAUCCAAAACCCCGAGGUCCGAUAUCUCCAUGAACAAGGCGUAUCGAACCUGCAGCCGUGGUGGGAGAAAUGCUACGGAGAUAUGUAUUCGAUGAUCCACUGGCAUUGGGAUGACUUUGCCGCGGUGCAAGACAUCGCCAACGAGUUCGAAACCCAGCUCAAAGCAGACGUGAACGCUUUUUACGAAGGAAAGGAACCACCGGUUUACAGCAACGGCAUACCAAGUGCCCCCAUGCUUCUUACCAACGGCACAGACCAGUACGGCCAGCCUUUUGUUUUCAACGCUAGCUCUGGUUAUGGAUAUGUGGACCCGAUCACUGGAGACGGUGUCGCGGUGCCUUUCGUGUCAGAGGCGGAAUCGUAUUACGCCAUCGUGGCAUUGUCGGCGCGGCAGAUCAUGGGCGCCUACGUCUACGCAGUGCCCGCCGACACUACAUCCACCUCGACAACCGAUGACAUUGAUCCCUUACUAUUUCAGAAAGAGAUUUCCAGCAAUGGAAACGUCAAUACUGUAGACGUGUUGUAUCCAGCAUCGCCGUUUUUUCUUUACGCAAACCCGGAGUUGCUCAAAUACGCGUUGCAGCCGCUGUACGAGUUCCAGGAACACGAUUUCUAUCCAAAUGACUACAGUAUCCAUGACCUUGGAUCACAUUUCCCAAAUGCGACCGGUCAUGUUGAAGGGAACGACGAGUACAUGCCACUGGAGGAGAGUGCAAAUGCCAUACUGAUGAGUUACGCAUACUACAAAUUUACAGGGGAUGAGACAUGGCUGAAUUCUCACUACAAGUUGCUCAAGCAGUUUGCACAGUACCUGAUCGCCUCCACGAGAAUUCCGGAGAGUCAAGUGAGCACCGAUGACUUCGCUGGCCCGUUGGCGAACCAGACCAACCUCGCCAUCAAGGGAAUAGUCGGUUUGCAGGCCAUGGCAGCCAUCGCAACCACCCAUGGCGACGAUAAUGAUGCUAUAAAAUUUUCAGGUACAGCCAGGGCGUACUACCAGGAAUGGGAAGGCUUCGCUAUCGACGCUGCCGGCACACAUACUACCCUGGCAUAUGAGGGGCAAUCGAGCUGGGGACUACUUUACAACAUCUACUUUGACAAGUUACUGAACAUGGGUCUCGUCAACGAAAGCGUGUACACCAUGCAAUCGGAAUGGUAUCCAAAUGUUUCGCUAGUGUUUGGAGUGCCCCUUGACAGCCGCCACUACUAUACCAAGUCCGACUGGGAGAUGUGGACGGCUGCGACGUGCUCGCAGACCACUCGCAGGCUCUUCGUCAACGCGCUUGCUCAUUGGCUCAAUGGAACCAGCACCGAUCUUGCUUUCUCAGACUUGCACGACACUAUCGACACUGGUGGCUAUGGCGGAGGUCAAAUGUUCAAGGCCCGUCCUGUGGCAGGAGGCCACUAUGCGCUGCUGGCUCUUGGGAAAACCGGCCAGAAAGCCAGCGCUGCUGCGGGAGACACAUCGGGGUCGCUCUUCCCGAAGAAUGGCACUGCACCACUGCCGCCUCCUGAGUCGCCUGUUCCGCCACGAGGCGAUAGACAUCCUUUGAACCAGAGAAGUGGGAAGGCGAAGAUGAAAGUGACGACCAUAGCAACGAACAGGCUAGAAGCUGGGAGCGGGCCGCGUGUCCUCUAA